AAAAUCUCACAAAUUUAUUUUAUACGAAAAAUUUUAGCGAUUCCGUGCAUUUGCAGUAUUUUAUUGAUGUGCUAAACGAAAAGGGUGUGAUAAAAAGUGCAAGUAAAUUUAAAUAAUCAAAGUAACCAAAGAUAAAAAACGAAACAAUGAGUCAUUUUACGAACGAAUCCAGUGACCUUUUCGCGUUCGAGGAUCAACCACCACCACUCGACAAAGACUUUGCAGCCUUCCAGCAAAAGGAAAAGGCUCACGAAGUAGUCGGCGACUUUGAAAAAUUCGACGAUGUCAAAGCGAGUCCCGUUAAAAAGGACUCCGCCGACUUGCUAGGUGACUUUUUGGACCAUGAGCGACAAGCGCCGCCGCCGCCAUCCGUUCCCGAUGUACGUCCGCGCGAUGCUCCGCCCGCUGUGCCAACUUUCGAGGCAUUCGAAGCUGUCCCGUCCGAAGCGGAAUCAAAACCCGUUCCAGCUGACGAAGAUUUCGGUCAGAUUCAACCGGAUUACCUGAAUCCGUAUGCCACGGCAAGCAAAUUAGAAACCAAUGAGAAAUUCAUCUCCACGGACGAUCUUAUUGGAUUGAGUGAUAACGAAGGAGGAAAGGCUGACAAGGAACACGCUGCUUUCGAGGAUUGCAACAAAGACGAGGACGACGAAGAUGACGAGCCAAUGGUCGAAGUACUCGAAGAGGAGGAAGAAAUUGCUCAUCAACCAGCUGUGCAAGCGGCAAAAGAAGUCGAACCAGUUUUUGAGAGGAAACCGGAGCCGCUUCCCGAGCCAGAAAUCGUCAAAGAAACGCCAAAACCCGCUCCAGCUCCCAAAGUCGAACCACCAAAAGAGCUUCCAGUGCAGAAGAAACCCGUUGAACGGAUCGAAGCUGAGAAAAUCUUCAUGAACUGCGGAUUAGAUGCAUGGUUUAAGCCUGAAGCUUUGCAUCCAAAAGUUGAAUCAUUAAUCUACUGGCGUGAUGUUAAGAAAUCAGGAGUUGUCUUCGGCAUCGGACUUUCAGUCCUUUUGGCGUUGUCCUGCUGCUCGUUGAUCAGCGUUUUCGCUUAUGUCUCAUUAUUUGCAUUGGCUGGCACCGUUGCAUUCAGAAUCUACAAAAAUAUCUUGCAGGCAAUCCAAAAGACAUCCGAGGGACAUCCAUUCAAAGAAUACUUGGAAACUGACUUGACAUUGUCACAAGAACGCGUUCAACAAGUCUCAACAGUUGCCGUAUCUCAUGUCAAUGCUGCCGUCACGGAACUCAGACGCUUGUUCUUGGUCGAGGAUUUGGUUGAUUCCAUCAAAUUUGGCGUUCUUCUCUACUGUCUCACCUACGUUGGAGCUUUGUUCAAUGGCAUGACUUUGAUCAUCUUGUCAUUCGUUGCUCUUUUCUCCCUACCGAAGGUGUAUGAAACAAAUAAGACAGUCAUUGAUGCCCAACUCGACAUGGUCCGAAGUAAAAUCACGGAAAUCACUGACAAGGUCAAGGCCGCUGUACCAAUAGGAAAGAAAACCGAUUCCGACAAGGACAAAUAAACUCAUCAACAACACACGUCAUCUCAAUAAUACUUUUUAAAUUAUAAGUACCCAAAAAAAUGAAAAAAAAACUUUGAUUGUGGUAUUUUAACAAAAAAAAAAACAAGAAA